AUGAACCGCAGCAAGUCUUUUGCGGAAAGACUCGUGGCUUUUUGCUGCGUGGAGGGGAUUCUUUUUUCGGGCUCUUUCUGCGCCAUUUUCUGGCUCAAAAAGCGCGGACUUAUGCCGGGAUUGACGUUUUCGAACGAGAUGAUCAGCCGCGACGAGGGGCUGCAUGCAGACUUCGGCUGCCUCCUCUACUCCAUGCUCAAGAACAGACUCAAGCCCGAAGUUCUGAACAAAAUCGUUUUGGAAGCUGUGGAAGUGGAAAAGGCUUUCAUUUGCGACGCUCUGCCCUGCGACCUCAUCGGAAUGAACAGCACGCUCAUGGCCCAGUACGUCGAGUUCGUGGCGGACCGCCUGCUGCAGUGCCUCGGCGGCGCCAAGGCCUUCGGCGCUGCCAACCCCUUCGAGUUCAUGGACUUGAUUUCGCUGCAGGGCAAAACCAACUUCUUCGAGAAGCGCGUCGGCGACUACCAGCGCGCCGGCGUCAUGGUCCGCGACAAGCAGCAGCAGAGCUUCGCCCUCGACGCCGACUUCUGA